UGCGCCAAAUCGCACAUGGCCAGGCUCCAUGGGAGAAGCAGUCACUUUUAUCUCUGUUCCUGCCGUUACAGUAUAAACUGCACCUAAAAAAUGGGAGGAGCGCCUAGACCUUGGGAUGAACUGGGCGCUUUAGUUACUGUAGCAGGCAGUCGCUCCUACAGGAAGGCAGCUGCACCGGUUGCAUUAGUCUGCGGCACGUCAGUCGCUCUGGGCAGCACCAAUGCGCAUAGAACUCAGGGCUGCGCUGUCCGAGGUGCUGAGGGGAACCCGGCCACAUUGCAUCGCUCAGCGGCAGAACUGACUCCGGCAGCAGCGCUCUCUCUCCACCAUGCAACAAAGAAGCAGUCGACAGACUGAAGCCGCCUUAUUCUCCUUCUCUCACUGGGAGACUUGUGGCUGCAGCGCUGAGUCUUCUAAAGAAGUUCCCAAGGGCAGGAGGUAAACUGAGAGAGCCAAGGAAGGCGGCUGGGAACCUGCACAGGCGACAUUUACUGGGAAUCAUUACGUUAUAGCUAUGAAAGGGCACCGUGGAACAAGCUAAAGGGAUCUCUGUGCACUCGGAUUACUCUCCCCGGACAGCACUUUAGUCAAUUUAAACAAACUCUCUGCAACAAAGAGCUGCGACGCUGUUUAAUUGCAUUAAAGUGAUUUCUAAGAGUCCCCCCCUCCCCAAGCCAUUAUGGGGAUAUACCACCUGGGCAAGCAUAGGGAAGAUUAAUGCAGCCAGGCAUGGCCAAUACAUUUCUGCAUGCAUGGAAUACAAGCGCUGUGUAGGGAGAAGCCUGAGUCAUGCUAUUCUGCUAAUUCAAAGAGAAACAAUCAAUAACAAAGAUCUUCGGAUGCUGCUCCCCAAGACAAGCAUGCUUUAGGUAUUGGUGAAGCAGCAGGUUGGUUUUAUAUCUGUAUCCCGCCCAUAACUGCAUCCUUUGUGGAAUGUGAAUAUGCCCCCUGUUACCGAUUUCAAACCAAAAAUGUGGAGUGGAAUGAAGAGCUACACUUUGGGGCAAGUUGGCCGAAUAAAGUGCAUCGCACUGAUAUCCUUAUGAUUGGUGAUCCGAUGCCUUUCUAUCCAAUGAGGCGUGGGUUGCUCUCAGCCUUCCCUGUGGUGCUGAAAUUUGGAUGAUGUCUGGAAGGAGAACUAAAACUUGCUGCUGCUUGCUGCCACUGAACGAAGACAACGGACGCUUUCUGCUCCUGGCUGUUUUCAUUCUACUCUAUCUGAUUGCUGGGGCCACUGUGUUUUCCACCAUAGAGAGACCCUCGGAAGCCCUGGCUCACACCCGCUGGAAUACAAUACUGAGGAACUUUAGCCAUUCCUUUAACAUCAGCGUCCUUGAGCUUCGCUCCUUCUUGAAAGAUUAUGAAGCAGCAAUGGCUGCGGGGAUCCGGGCGGAUGCCCUGAGACCUAGGUGGGACUUUACCGGAGCAUUUUACUUUGUCGGGACAGUCGUGUCAACUAUUGGCUUUGGAAUGACCACACCAGCGACUAUUACCGGGAAAGUGUUCCUCAUCUUUUAUGGCCUCUUUGGAUGUGCUGGAACCAUAUUGUUCUUCAAUCUCUUUUUGGAGCGUAUAAUAUCACUUCUUGCUUUUGUUAUGAAAGCUUGUCAUGAAAGGCGACUGCGAAGAAGUGGACUUCUACCUCCUACUGUCCGAAGGGGAUCAGCUGUGUCGGAGGUGGACAGCCUUGUUGGUUGGAAGCCUUCGGUCUAUCAUGUCAUGCUCAUCUUGGGUAUAUUUGCUAUCAUUCUUUCUUGCUGUGCAUCGGCUAUGUAUACUCCUGUGGAAGGAUGGAACUACAUCGACUCCUUGUAUUACUGUUUUGUGACAUUUAGCACAAUUGGCUUUGGAGAUUUGGUAAGCAGCCAAAAUGCAGUGUAUCAAUAUCAGGGAUUAUACAGGUUUGGAAAUUUCAUGUUUAUACUAUUGGGAGUUUGUUGCAUUUACUCUCUUUUUAACGUCAUAUCGAUUGUAAUCAAACAAGUUUUAAACUGGCUUUUAAAAAAGUUUAGGUGCAGAUGCUGUAAUAAGUGCCAUAAAUCAAAUGCCCGCCUGGGGCGCCGCAAUGCCAUCACGCCUGGAUCUCGCUUCCGCAGGAACCCCCUGUCAGUGGAGACAGAUGGAAACUAUGACAGUGACACAGAGGGCAGGAGACUUUCUGGCGAGAUGAUCUCCAUGCGAGACCUCACGGCAUCCAAUAAGGUUUCUCUUGCCAUACUGCAGAAGCAGUUAUCUGAAACAGCCAAUGGCUAUCCUAGAACUGUUUGCAUCAAUACCAGGCAAAAUGGCUUCUCAGGAGGGGUCGGAGCCCUAGCCAUCAUGAACAAUAGGUUGGCAGAAACAAGUGAUUCUAGGUAUUCAAGCAGCAAGACCCCAUGCUUUGGACACCCCACCACACGAAACUGAAUGCAAUUUUAUGUUGUCACUUGAUUUCCUAACACUAACGAUGUCACAAUAAAACCCUCUUGCAGUGACCUGCGGAAGAGAAGGACAGGAACGGUUAUCUUCAGGUUCUCCGAACACUGUUGGCAUGCUAAAGCACAAACUACCCGCCCUUUCUUUUAUUACCAAUGUAAUGCUGGUUUUGUAUUUUAUUUUGUAAGUACUUGGAACAAAAGGGUGCAUCUGUAAACUAGAACUGUUCCUAUUUUUUCCUAAGUGCAUCUUAUUUAUGGUUAUUUGAGAAAGAAAAUAUUGUAAAUAUAUCUAGAAAAUGUAAAUGAUUUCAAGUCCUAUGUAGUCUCCAGUUCACAAAGUGCUUGACGGAAUGAAUAUGCAACUAUGGGAAUGCAACCCCCCCGUCCCCCAAAUGAAACCAAUGCCUAUUAUUUUAUGCAUGAUUACAACAUAUUGCUGUAAAAGUGCUCUUUUCAAUUAAAAAAAGGAUAAAUGA